UCGCGCGCAGCUCGUUCCUCUAUCCUCUAUUUCAAAGUCCCAUGCAUAGAGUGCUCUCUAAGCAGUAUUUUCAGCAAGCAGAAAUGAGGCACCUUCAUUAUUUAUAUUCGAAUUGGAUUGACCCGAUUGACCUAAAGUCGAGCAAACAUGGCGACAGACUUGAGCUACUUGGAUCCAAUUCUCGAGACAAAUUCACAACAGUGGCACCGACCAGAGCGACUGUCACAGCCAAGGAUUUGGCUAGAGAGGGAUGGACUGGUAAUCCGCGAUGUGACCCCUGACUUGGAUCCCUUUGUCGUCGACUACAUGGUUAAGAACUACAUGACUGAAGAGCCUAUGAGCAAAGCCCUUAAGUCCUACGAGGAUUCGGUAACGGUGGAUGAGCACAAAUUUGUCUAUGAAAAACUGGUGCUCCCAGAAAGAGUGUCAAUUAUAGUUUUACAAAAGAAUACCCCUGGCGCUGGAUUAGAAGAAGUUUCAGCAGAAAACCCUCCUAAUAUUGUUGGCCUGAAUCUGUUGUUUGUGACGGCAAAAGUGAGUGCAGAAGUGCCGGAUUUUAAUCGAAUUUUCAAGAGUGAAAAAACAAAAUUGAGUUUUCAGACGUUUUUUGAAACCGGUGCUCUUUUUGACGUGUUUGAGAGGUACGGAGUCGAUUUGUACCUCGAUGGAGCAGGAAUGUCAGUGGCACUCGAGUGGAGAGGAAAAGGCAUUGGUGGGAUGAUGCUCGAAGCACGGAGCAAUUUGUGCAAAGAACUGGGUAUUCCCUUGACCAAGACUGUUUUUACGUCAAUCCAAUCGCAAAAAGUGGCGAUCAAAGGUGGAUUCGAACUGCUAGGAGAGUUGAUCUAUGCCGAGAUUAAAAAGGAGGAUGGCCAACCAAGAUUUCCAGACAUGGCACCAGACCAAAUACGAAUUCAGCUGAUGGCAAUGAGAAUCACAUAGAUUCUACUUAAAGUUUUGACAAAUUUCAACAGUGUCAUCCAAUUUAGCGCACACCAGAUGAUGCAAGAGAUGUUCUUUUCUUUUUAUAAGUGAGAAAAAUGGCACUAUGAUCUAACACUCUUAUCAUAUGUUUGAGAGUAUGACAAACAGAAAAUUGUAACACCCAUCUUUAAAUUUUGAUAAUAGUAAACUAAAAUUUAAAUCUAAAAA